UUUAAGACGCUCGGUUAAUACAGUGUAACUAGAUGCGUUAGUUGAAACCUGUUUUUCUGCUGCUGCCGAUGCUCUGGAUGUUGCAGUGUGACCGUGGGAAAAAAAAACAGCACAACAGACAUUCAGAGGCUUUUAAACCCAGACAACCCAGCCUUUACACAUCACACUGAAGAUGCAUUAUAAUUAGCCUGGAAAUACAUCAUCAGCAUCGUCUGUUGUGAUCUGACACAAAGACAGAAGUGGUUGGAUUUGGGUUUUUAUUACUGGAGGGACAAACUGAACAUCGUCGAAACGGACAAAUAAACACGAUGUCGUCGGAAAAACACGGAUUGGAGGAGGCAGCAGGGAGGCAGGCCAUGUCUCAGCCGAUGAUGCAGAUGGCUCCACCUCCCUACCUCCCCAACCAGGACCCCAACAUGCCUCCACAUCCUCCUCCACCUGGCUGUGGCCAACAGCCGAAUUACCCCCCUCCCCCUCCCCCACCUGGAUCAGAGGGUUACCUGCAGGAAACCCAGUUCCACUGCGGCACCCUCGGGCCCCAGGGAGCUCCAAACGGAUACCCGGUGCAGACGCACGGACCAGUAGGCACCGUCCCUCAUCCUCCCGUGGGCUAUUUACAUACAGGAUACCCCCUACAGCUGCAGCCCUGCACGGCCUACGUGCCCGUCUAUCCCAUAGGCACAGGGGCACAGCCUUACAUGCCUAACGGUGCACCUCAUCCAGGUGUUGCUCCCGGCCAGAUGGCCAUGCAUAUGCCAAAUGGCAUUGCUCUGAUGGAGUCUCGUCGUCCUCCUCACGACUAUCUGCCCAUCGCUGUCCUCACCACUGUCUGCUGCUUCUGGCCCACAGGAAUAAUCGCCAUCAUCAAAGCUGUGCAGGUGCGUACUGCUGUUGCUCGGGGCGACAUGGUUACGGCAGAGAUUGCUUCACGCGAGGCACGCAACUUCUCCUUCAUCAGUCUGGCGGUGGGAAUCGCCUCCAUCGUGCUGUGCACCAUACUCACCGUUGUGGUCAUCAUCGCCUCUCAGCAUCAUGAUGACGACUGGGAGCCCUAGAGACAGCAGUGCAGGGACGCACCCCCUCAACCUGCCCUACAGACCCCAACAUUCCAGUCGGUAUUCUGCUUUUUCUCUCACACAGCACAGUUAUGACUUCUCAAGCCACCACAUCCUAAUCUGCAGUCAAAAAUACGACAUUACAGCCAUUUGCCCAUGUAUUAGUUACAAGAGAGAUCAGCGGUAUGGUAAAUCAGAACAUGGGAAACACAAAACGUCUACCUGUUGUAAGCGCGCUCACACUCUCAUUAACCUACAUGAACACUUCCUGCUUCUCCUAAACAAAAGCAUGUGUUAGAUCAGUAGUUCAAACAUAUAGUGUACUGAAGACUUGAGUCAGGACAGACGUGUUAUUGUUUGCUCUUAAAAUUUGCCAAAAAUAUUCCUAUUCCUCACAAAAGUAUUACAGGAACAUAAUUUUGGUAUUAUUAAUUGUGUUUUUUGACAUUCAAAACAUUCCGUCUUUUAUUUGUGCCAUUCAUCUGUUUACAAAGAAAGAUAAUAUAUUACUUUGUAGGUUGAACUGACUAAUUUAAUCACUGAAAACGUGGAUAAAUUGUGUUUUCUAUAAACUAAGGGCCAGAUUUACUAACAGCUUGCACCAGUGCAAACCCUCUUUUGCCGGUAAAAAAUCUACUGUUCGAUUUAUUGAAGACGCGCAGUAAAAAAUAAGCGUUGAAAGUUUCUUUUUCCGGCUGACCUAAUUGUAUAUGAAUUUGUUGGAGUUUCCCUUCUAAGAAGAUAAAUUUAUGGGAGGAGUGUAUUUAAAUUAGAUUUAAAUCAUGGAAGGUGAUUUACUAAGGUUUGCGCUAGCCAAUUUACUGGUAUUUGCACCAUUAAUUAACGCCCCUAAAAGCAUGUCUUAAACCAGGUGCUAUUUUGCGCUGCUAUUGGUAGAUUGCGUUGGUCAUUAUGGAAAUGAUCCGCCUGCAUCUAUCUUCUUUAAUUUGCAUGUCGUCAGGAGAUCACGCUAAGAACUUAUCUUUAUCGCUAAUUUGCCCUGUUUAGUAAAUCUGGCUCUAAGUAUUAAAAUUCAAAUCCAAAAAGACUAGUUGAUUAUUGUAAAUAAGUUUCAAUAUAAUAGAACUACAAUUUUAGAUUUCAUUUACCCAAAGGAACAUCAUCUUGUGUAGUUCAGAAGAGUGUAUAUCGGUAUUGUUCACUCAGUGGUUUCUUUUCUUAAAGCUAAGGCCAGAAAUAUACUCUACGCAGUACACAAACACAGAUGCAAAGGCUUGGCUAUCACAUGGCCACAUGCAGUUCUGUUGAACAUAUUUAAAGAAGCAUUGCGUAAGUUUUGAAAUUGCUAACCGUGACACUGACACCAGUGGCCGUUAGAGAAACUGCAGCCAGUGUUCUCGGUGCGCACGCUCGUAUGAGCACGACCACAGAAACCACAGACGGCUCAUCGAGAUUCACCAGCAUGUUUACAGAUGUAAGAAAAUUUACAGUAAGGU